AUGGCGGCUUCGGUGGCAGACACGGGUUAUAUCACAUCCCAGGCCAAGCUGCCAGCUGCAGCUCUGGGCCAAACUGUGAAUGUGAAUGUCCCCCAGCCGCCCACCGUCGAUGAGGACGACUCGAGCCUGUCCUCAAGCGGCACCGAGGUCUUCGAUCGCAGCGAUCCGACUCCAUCUCAGCGAAACGGGUGGCAGCUCGAUGCCAAUGGUACGUGGCGGCGAUAUGGCUCAUCAGAUUCUGCUCCCAGUACCGGCAUCUCUUCGAUGAGUUCAUCUGUCGCUGCCGACGACCCUAUUACUGAAAAGCCACUCAUUCCUCCACCCUCCCGAAAACGUUGGUUUGAUGGCAGCGUCAAGACGUUCCCGCCGACAGCCAGUCAACCCAUACAAACCACUACAACGUUGCCUCCCGCGCCUGACAUUCAGCAAGUCCCGGACCGGCAAGCACCACCUAGAAAGAAAUGCGGCAGACCACCAAAGAUCAGACCACCAGUCACAGAGACGCCUUCCACCCACAAUGCGCCAGCCACGAUUUCACCCAAGGAGCCCAGAGCGCCCCGAGUUACAAAGAACCAGAUCAAAGCUCGGCCACGCUCCUCCAUCCCAUCUCGACUCUCUGCGGAGACAUUCGCGAGCCAAUGCAUUCAAGCAGCUUACGACUCUCGAUUAGAUCCCUACGCCUUGCAUCCAAGCGAGGACAAACUUCUCGUCAAUUCGCUGACCUCCAAAGAGGUCACGGUAUAUCUGAACAUUCGCAAUGCCAUCCUUCGAGUAUGGACACAGAAUCCACUUUGCAGCGUCUCAAUAGAAGAAGCGCUUGGUUGUGCAAAAGCGAGCCGUUACUUCGGUCUCGCAGAGGUUGCAUACAAGUGGCUCGGCCGCAAUGGCUACAUCAACUUCGGCUGCGUGCAUGUUCCAAAAGAUCCUAGCCUACCGAAGAGGCUGAACAAAGAUGCCAAGCAACGGACAGUCGUGGUAAUCGGCGCUGGUGUUUCUGGUUUGACAACCGCACGCCAGCUUGAGAGCCAUUUCAGACAAGAAGCUGCGAAAUGGAUUAAUGCUGGUGAGCUACCACCUCGUGUGAUUGUUCUGGAAGGCAGGAAACGCAUCGGUGGUCGAGUAUACUCCAAGCCUCUCCGAAGUCAGGUGAAGAACAGCUUACCUGACGGCCUUCGGAAUACCGCCGAGAUGGGCGCCAUGAUCGUCACCGGUUUCGAGCACGGCAACCCACUCGACACCAUCAUACGUGGACAACUCGGGAUUCGAUAUCACCUUAUGAAGGACGCAUUGACUAUUUAUGAUUGUGACGGUAAAGCUAUUGAAGAGAAAAGGGAUAUGCUCAACACCGAGCUUUACACGGACAUCUCAGACAGGGCCGGGGAGUACAGAGCGGAGCCACAAAAACAGGACACAUUGCAUGGCGACGAAGAUUUGAUCAAUCGAUGUCGGGACCCAGUACCGGACGGCUUCACUGCUUUUCAGCUUGAGCCUCUUCCUGCUGCCCAUGUCAAAGUCCACAAGCCGGCGGCAAGAAGAGGGAGGCGGCGUAAUGCGCCGCCCGGGACGGAGAAGCUGACUGGCAGGAGUGAGGUCAUGGAGGAAGGCACCAACUCGACAGUGAGCGCAUCUCGAGCAGCGAAGAACAUGGGAUGGCAGAUCAAGGACGGGAUUGCAAGAAACCGCAGCAUUACCCUCCAUGGCAUCGCAGGCGCCAGCGCAUACCCAACUCUUGGGACUGUCAUGGACGAAGCCAUCCAACAAUACCAAGACCUUAUUGACAUGACACCGUUGGACAUGAGAUUGUUGAAUUGGCAUCAUGCCAAUCUUGAGUAUGCCAACGCCGCUCCAGUCUCGCAGCUGAGCCUGAGCGGUCACGACCAAGAUACUGGGAAUGAGUUUGAGGGCGCUCAUUCUGAAAUCGUUGGCGGCUACACGCAAGUGCCUCGCGGGCUCAUGAACAUCCCUACCAAGCUUGACGUUCGAUUCAAUCGCAUCGUGGACAGCAUCCAUUACGACGAUCGCAAAGGCGGCAACGGGCCUGUUGCGACGAAGAUAGUAUGUACAGACGGCGAAGUUAUUGAAGCGGAUGAAGUCGUCAUGACUGCACCCCUUGGUGUGCUCAAGUCGGGCGACAUCGAUUUUGACCCUCCACUGCCAAGCUGGAAGUCUGGCGCCAUUGACCGGAUGGGUUUCGGUCUCCUGAACAAGGUAUGUCCAGAGAGUGAGUUCUCCCUUCGCCAGUGCUAACAAUAAGUGCAGGUCAUUCUUCUCUACGACGAGCCCUUCUGGGACGACGAACGCGACAUGUUCGGGCUUCUCAAUGAAGCCGAGCGGAAUGCCAGCAUGGAUCCGACCGACUACGAACGAAGAAGAGGCCGCUUCUACCUCUUCUGGAACUGCUCCAAAAUCAGCGGAAGGCCGAUGCUUAUCGCAUUGAUGGCUGGAAAUGCUGCGCAUGACGCGGAAUGGACGGAUACUGCGACGCUGAUGGCUGAGGUCACCACAAGGUUGCGAUCCGUUUUCACAAAGACGAGAGUACCGAAUCCAAGAGAAGUCAUAGUCACAAGAUGGAGGAGAGACCCGUUCACAAGAGGAACAUAUUCGUAUGUGGCGCCAGAGACCAGACCUGGGGACUAUGAUUUGAUGGCCAAACCAGUUGGUAAUCUGCACUUCGCUGGAGAAGCCACAUGCGGCACGCAUCCAGCGACUGUACACGGCGCAUUCCUCUCGGGACUGCGCGUUGCGUCCGACGUGAUGGACAGCAUGGCGGGUGCGAUUGAACUGCCCACGCCGCUCGUUGGAGCUUUGCAGAUGAAGCAAGAGGCACUGGGAUCUCAAGUAAUGGUCCCACAGAUGCCUGUACUCCAGACCAUGCCACAUUCAGCAGAAGUUGCGAUCACUGGAUCAUACAACUUGCCGAGCGCCCCCAACGCGAACGUUCCGCCGUCUGGUCCCAUGAUCAAGAUGGAGGAGAGUAGCAUGCAACUGACUAGUAUUCCUGCCGUAGCACCGACUCUGGCAACAAGCACGGUGCCCAAGAAACCGGCCGCACUACCCGCUAGGAGCGUGUGCGCAACUGAUCCGUCGUUCUGGGUGGCACCGUCUUUCGAGGCAUCCGACUUGGAUUAUGAGGCAGCUGUUAUCAGCAGCAUUUUGUCCCAAAUUGGCGACCGUCCGACCAAGCCCACUCGACCAGGAGUCAAUCCCUUCCUCCUCUUCACCAAAGACAAGUGGGAAGACUGCAAGCUUCAAACCUCGUCAAACGGCCGCGACGUUAUUCGGCGUACGUUAGGCGAAUGGUGGAGAAGAGCUACGGAUGAGGAGAAGCAACCAUACAUAGUGCAGAGCCAGGCAGCGCAAGAAUUUGCUGAUUCUCAGAGGAAGGACUGGGAGGUCAACGUCGCGCAGUGGGAUCAAGAUGCUGCGAGGAUCAGGCAGGAAUACAUGCAAGAUCACCCUCCACCGCAGUUGGCCAGCAGGUCGGCUGGGGCUGGGAACGGAUUGAGUAAGAGGAAAACGAAUGUGAGCAACAAUGUAGUCUUGGACCAUUUUUAG